AUGUCGUCGUACCCGUACCAGGACAAGUCCCUUUCGGUGGAAGACCGCAUUGACGACCUCCUCCCCCGCCUCUCCCUCGAGGAGAAGGCUGGCCUCAUGUUCCACAUGAUGAUUCCUGCCAACCCGGAUCUUGAGAAGAAGAACCCCAACUUCUCCACGUUUCCUUCCACCAAGGAAAUGCUCGAGAGGGGCUUGACCCACUUCAACAUCACCGGCACUUUUGACACCCCCAAGGAGUUUGCCGAGUUCACCAACCAGCUUCAGAAGGCCGCACUGGACAUCGGCCGCUGGGGCAUCCCGGUGACUCUCUCCACCGACCCGCGCAACGCGUUCAUCGACAACCCUCAGCUCUCACUCCCUCCGGGGCCAUUCUCCCAGUGGUGCGAGCACAUUGGCAUGGCUGCCAUCGGAGACGAGGGGCGCAUGCAAGAGUUUGCCGACAUUGUCCGUCAAGAGUACCUUGCUGUUGGGUUGCGUGCGGCCUUGCACCCCCAGGCCGACCUGGCCACCGAAUCGCGCUGGUCUCGUACCCCUGGCUCGCUCGGCGAGGACGCCGACAUGUCCACGAGGCUCGCCGCUGCCGAGAUUCGCGGUCUCCAGACCAAGAAGUUUGGCCACGAGUCGGUCGCUGCUUGCAUCAAGCACUUCCCUGGUGGUGGUACCGUCAAGGACGGCACCGACCCUCAUUUCUCCUGGGGCGCUGAGCAGAUCUAUCCCGGCGGUAUGGAGAUGUUCGAGUACCACCUCAAGCCGUUCCGCACUGCCGUCGACGAAGGUGUGCGCGUCGUCAUGCCUUCAUACGGCAAGCCCAUGGGCAUCGGCUACGAGGAGGUCGGCAUGGGUUUCAACAAGGCGAUCACGCACGACCUUCUUCGUGACGGACUCGGCUUCAAGGGUGUUGUGGUCUCUGACUGGGGCCUUUGCGUCGACAUGCCGGGCGCCAACAUCAUCGGCGACAUCGCUACUGCUCGUGCCUGGGGUGUCGAGCACCUCAGUCCCGAAGACCGCGCUGUAAAGUGCAUCAACAGCGGGUGCGACCAGCUUGGUGGCGAGUACACCCCGUCCUUCAUUGUCAACACUGUCAAGGACGGUCGCCUCUCCGAGGACACUGUGAACGACUCUGUCCGCCGCAUUCUGCGUGACAAGUUUGAGCUUGGUCUGUUUGACAACCCCUACGUGGAUGUCAACAAGGCCAACAAGAUUGUCGGCAACAAGAAAUUCAAGGCGGCUGGAGUCAACGCCCAGAUGGACUCGGUCUGUCUCCUCAAGAACGACAAGCCCGCCGGCAUUCACAAGAAGAUGCUUCCCUUCCCCAAGGACUACAAGGUUUACCUCGAGGGGUUCAAGGAGAAGCACUUCCGCUAUGUUGUCGACAGCCCCGAUGAGGCCGACGUCGCUGUCGUCCGUCUCGCUACCCCUUGGGUCCCAACGGGCAAUGGACCCUUCGCCGCUCGCUUCCACCACGGUGCUCUUGAGUGGAACGACGAUGUCCUCGAGAACAUUCGCAAGCUGUCCAAGCGUGUCCCCGUUGUUAUCGAGAUUUUCGCCGAGCGUCCUCCUGUGCUCGGCACCCUUGACCACGACGCCUCGGCCAUUAUGGUCUCCUUUGGCCUCUCUGAGCCGGCUCUUGUCGACGUUCUUCACGGCCACUCUCCCAAGGGCAAGCUCCCCUUCGACCUGCCCCGUUCCACCGCAGCGGUGAUUGACAGCAAGACGGACACGCCGUUCGACACCCGCAACCCGACCUACCGCUUCGGCCACGGUCUUCGUUACGACUAG